AUGGAGUAGGAAAAAGAAAGAUAGAAAAAGAAAAGACCACACAUGCAUCACACAUGGGGCCAUAGUAACCCCGCAUUUUAGCGUGAAGCAGCUCAAUAUAUACACCCUCGCCAUGGGCGCCAUUUCAUUUUUGCAACUACGAAUCCGUGACAUUUCAAAAACCUUGGCGAUCUGAUAACACAAUCUCUCUCCCAAAAUCUCACAGUAAUCAGGUCAUGCGAACUCGAUUUCUCUGCACAGAUUACUUCAAUUCCACUCCAAUUUCAGCUCGCGAUUUCCUCCGCCUCCCUCUUUCGCCUCAUCUCACUGACCCGAACACCUCUAAAUUUGAAGACAUUAAUUUUUCUGACGGAGUUUCUACUCUUAGUAUCGAUGUCGAAAUCGAGAAAUUUCCGAUCGAGACAGCUCUCUCCAGCUUCUUCGCCGAUGUCCUUCCGCACAACAUUGAUGUUGAACUCUCCGAGUUCGCAGAUCCUCAGCCUUUCGCUAGUUGCAGUUCCGAGGUGCAAACAAGCAAAACUACGAACUCAGAGGGGACUAUUGUUUCCUACAGCAAGGGGAAGGACAAUCUUGAAAUGGUCCAACUUGAAAUUCGGGUGCUGGAUACAUCCUGGCUUCCAUUGCUAGAAGACAUCCCUUAUUUUGGAAAGGAGAACUUGUCGAUUCCCUCUCAUUCGGAUGGUGAAAAUAAGCUGGAUAUGCCCGGUCUUGAAGUUUGGCUGCCAGAUUCCCCUGAGAUCCUGCAAUCAAUUUGUUCAGUGGAUGACAUCUCUUCUGUGGCUGUACUGGAGAAAAGUGCUGAUUUGAUGGAAGAUGGUGCUUUCUGUCAGGGGCAAUAUCAUUCUAGUACAGAUGUCUUUCCUCAUCUUGAAGUGGAUGAGGCAGGUUUGGUUAUUGUCAGUGACAACUCUGUAAAGGAGAAAGUUCUAAGCAUUGAAAAUAUUGAGCUUCACUGUGAGACGCCAGGAAGUGAAGGAAUGGGUAGCAGCAAUGAGCUUUUGGGUUCCACAAAGUUUGACACAUUCCAACACCUAUCAGAUGGUAGUUUCGCAAUGGGCUGUUGUGAAGUUGAGGUUCCGUGCUUGAAUUUCUCUGCGGAGAUGGAUUUGAUAAGUAUUAUUGAACUUGAGAAAAACUCGGUGAUCCAUGAAAGCAUAGAAAAUGAUGGUCUAAUAUGGGUAGCAAGCCCAAUCAUUUUUGAUGAAUUGCAGUUCUUUGAUUCAGACCUUUUUUCUUUACGUGAAUUCCAGUCUGAAGCAAAAGUAGAUAUUGAUAAAGAUACAUGUGACCUAAUGUUGAGAGAAGCCGAGAAUUUCAGGAACUUUGAUGAAUUGCUUGUUUCCCAUGAGCUCAUCCCUGUGGAUAAUUCUUUCAGAUCAUUGCCUGUGCCACCAGUUCCUGAGAAUGGAAAUAUAAAGUCACUGUACUUGUGUAUUAAGGAAAUCCUAGCUGAGUUGGAGCCGCAGUCUCCCUCCAUGUCCGAUGGGUUAUACUUAGAUUGGCAUUUUCUGGAAGAAGAGAAAUGCGAGUAUCGAGAAGACUGUUUCAAUUUGCUGAGGGAGAUAGAUGCUAACGACAUUGCCUUUUGCUUGAACUUCAGUGACAAUGAGAUGCUUGUAUCGGACUAUUUUUUCUCAAGUGAUAGUCCACAAGAACCAAACAGAGCGGAGAGCAAGGAAAUGCUGAGUUUACCUUCUAAUGGCAUUCCUAUAUCUCCCAUCCCUUAUAGCAUAGAAGUGUCAACUAAGUUGCUGAAUGAUGGGAAGUUCCCAACUGAAGGAGUAUCAUCCCAAUGUAUUGCUAGAAAAGCAUCUUCAUUUGGUGACUCCAGGUCAAAGUUUAAUGAUCUUGAUUUUUUCUUAAAUCGUAAGGAGUAUAGUAGAGGCAAAGAUUAUAAACCAGCUGACAGUUCAAUUGAUACUAGUGCCAUGGACCAGAUCAGCUUCCUCUCUUCUUCUGCAACCACAUUAUUGCAACCUCAAUGGAAUAUCAAGGUGCAUCAAAUAUUGUUAUCUACUGAUAUUCUACUUCUAAUUGAUGAUCUUAAGAAGAUCUUUCUAGCUAUCUUUGAAAGACAGAGAGAGUUGAUUGAGAUUCAGGAUCCAUCUCAAGCUGUGGACGAUGAUGCUAUUCUUCGCCUUCCAAAGAAAAAGCUCAUCAAUUUAAUUAAGAAAAGAGGCAUAUGCAGGUCAUCUUUGUUCCAGGAUGGUGAUAAAACGAUGUCAUUGGUCACAUUGUCUGCAAUCAAACAGAUGGUUUGGUACCUGUGCUACUAUGAUCUGCAUACAACCUAUCUAUACAUAGAAAAGUUAUCCAGGAGCUUGCAGGGAUUGGAAUCUAAACUUGAUUUCAUCUACAACAUCGUAAAAGAUGUGCAUCAAAAGGGUGAAAACGAUAUACAUAAGUUCCAUCCAUCGCUAUCCGUUAUCAAGGAUAUACUGGAGACAUUUAAGAGCAAGGAUAGUUCAAAGAUAUUAAUUGUGGCUGAGCCAGUGUUCUGGUGGUCAUUGAAGAAACUAUUGACGUCCAUGAAUAUUGCAUUUUUUCAACAACAGAAUGGACAGAAGGAUGAUUUUUACAAAUUAGAAGAUGCUAGCAUGCAAAUGAUUCACGAAUCAGAUUGCUGUUUAGUAACCCGUGAGCAUCUGUUUGCCUCAUUUCCAUUUGAGAAAUUUGAGAUUAUCUUGGAAUAUGGAGGUUCACAAGAAUCAUCUAAAGUAUCUUCCAUCUUGCCAAAGUCAGAUAGAGUUCCUCCCCUUCAUUUCCUUAAGGUGGAGCUGGAGGACCCCAGUGUUGCAAAAGCUCUUUGUGAUGGUGUUGACAUGCCCAACAUUAAUGAAGCUAGUGUGGAAGGAGGUCCUCACUCUUGCUCUACUCUCAAUGAGAUUGACGUUACCUUUGAAGAACUGCUAAAUUAUCUUCCAGUGGAAAAGAACUUGAAGGGUGGGAGCAUGGAGGCAUUACUGGGAAAUGAAGCUUGCUCUACUGCAGCUGAAGAUGCAGUAUUCAGUUCAAAAUCUGAGCAAAAUCGCAGAAGCAUAGAUGGCUGUCCUGAGACUAUCAUUAUAGUUAACACACACAAUUUUGACACGGAAAUGGUAAUUUCAAGGAGAAGUACAUACCAAAAGAUUCUUGCAUUUGAGAAGAAAGGAGUUCAGGUCAUAGAGCGUGAUUUACGUCAGCCUGUCGAUAUUAUAGUUAGUGCAUCCGCUUGCCUUGCUUGGUAUGACUGCAAAAACAUUGCAAAGAAAGCUACUGCCUCCGAAGAGGCUUUCUCUUGCUUGCCUCAAUGUGUCGAGAAUAUUGCAGCAAAUAUUUUGACGUCACUCAGUUUUGCUUUCAGUGGCUGCAUUCUGGUAAUUAGCUUGUUUUUGUUUUUUCUUUUUUUCAAACUGUUCCUACCCAG